CCGUCGUCUGCCGGCGCGGCGCCGCCUGCCGCCUGCGCGUCAGGCUGACGCAGCCUGACGCUGCCGACACUCGGGGACUUCCUCUGCUGCUAAGCCGGUGCGAACUGGCGCUCAACUGCUCCGAUGGCCUCUGCAGCCCGGAAAUGGUGACCGCCCAGCUGACGUCACAGCUAUCGGCGGUCGCUUCGAUGUGCCACCUGGUCACAGCCAAUCACAUCAUCGGAUUCGACGGGACUCGACGGCAGCUGUCUGCUCCUGGAGUUCACCUGCUCUAUGGUGACUUGUCAGAAGCCCUUCAGGUGACGGUGCGCUCCGGGCCGUGUGACCUGACCUCGGGUCAGUUCUGCUCGUGCGCCCUGCUGGCACGGGACGCGACCGGCACGGUCACGCUGGACGGGUGCCGAGCCGGCCGGCGGCCCCAACUGCGGGUCUUCCCACGGGGCCCGGUGGGCGCCGCCGCCCUCCCUCUGCAGACCCCCUCCCACGCCGCCUGGCUGGUGUCGCUAGCGUCGGGCGUCGUUCUGCAUGUACACGCCUUUGCUGGCGCUCGGCCGGUGUCCCGGGCAGUGCUCUCGGUGUCUGUCACGCCUCCAGUCAACGCUACGGCCGGACGAGGCCUGUGUGGGACCAAUGCCGCCAAAUCCAACAGCACCGCAGCCGCCACCUGGAGACCGCUGGCGGCGGCCGCGGGCCAAGCCUGCUGGGGGGUGCGCAACCAGCGCCGGGCAGCACCCACCUCCGGCGCACCCCGCUGGCGGCGAACGACAGACGCUCCGUGUCACGGCUAUCGGCGGCGUUGGGAGCUGGCUUCGGCGGGCGGCCCCAGCGCGCUGACCGAUCGCCCGCCGGACCGCCGCAAGCCGGCGUCUCCGCCACCUCUGCCGAGCCUCGCCGGCGGGGCGGAAGGGCCUCCCCUGCCAACCCUACAGCACUCCCAGGACUCGCCGGCGCCGCGCGGGGGUCAGCGUCGCGAACACGGCUCCGACCUCGGGCCGACGCUGGCGCUGGCGUCGUCAGCCCAGCCACCGGCACCGUCAGCCCAGCCAUUGGCGCCGGCCGCCGGCCCGUGCCGGGCUGCUGUGGGGAUGUUCCCACCGGUGUCGGCCUGUGGGUCUCUCCUGCCCCGCCACCUGCUCGAGGCUCUCAUCGACAUCUGUCGACAGGAUAGAAAGACGCUUGGCACCACGGCCCCGAUCAAGUCGCUGCUCUCGCCGCUGGAAGACCGCUGCCGCCAGGCAGCACUGAUGCGGUCACCCAGUCAGCAGGCUACGCUGCCGGCAGCGCUCCACUGGCCAGAGCGGGGUGAGGACCCCUGUCGGUGUGAUGUCGGCCAGGGGAACAUCUGUAGCGACCGAAUACAGGGCGGGCCCCCCACUGUGACGGGUGAAGCUGAGACGCGUCUCUGUGACCUGUCCAGGUCACCGUGCAGCCACCUUUCCGUUGCGGGUCAGAACUUCGUGCCCUCCGUCAAGCUGAGGUGUAAGGUCGUACAACCAGAAAGCCAUAGGACUUUCGUCGUCACAGCCACCUAUCGGUCACAGAAGGAAAUACAAUGUCGGCUGCCUGCCGAAAUAUUCCGACGCCUGAGGCACACAGAUGACGUCACGCGGUGGCAAGUUCGGGUAUCAUACGACGGAGACAGGUGGAGUCUUCCCGUGGUAUUCAUUACGUACAACGGUGACUGCCGCCGCUGCCAUCUGGUGGCGAACGCUCUGGCAUGUAGCAGGGUGCAAAGUAGCUGCGUUAUAGAAGUUCCGUGAGUGGUCCGUGGACUCAGCUUCUGACUACACCAUAGAUGAACCUCCAGACAUUGAGGAGCUGAGAAGCAUGGGGGAUGAGCUGGUGUACAGCGUGAACGCCGCGACACCUGUCGACCGAAAACGAAACUAGAAGCUGUCCGGAAAACACUGAUCUACAUUUGAACGUGCUGACACAGAAGCCAGCUAUCUGGGCUCGGACUUCUUUCCAUUCAGAACAAAAAUACAUCCUGUUUUCUCGUUGCGUAUGGUCGAGAUGCAUGUACUAAUGCAUGAAUUGUUUACGCCCGUAUUUAUAGCAAACAUUUUGACGGUUGCGUGAACAUGAUACUGCGCUUGUAAAUGCGAUUGAUGUAUACGUACCUCCCACACACGAGCCUUAUGCGCUAGCUAGGACCUCAGGCCGGCUAAUGCAUCAGCAGACCUGUCGUCGCAUUGUCCACGGAGAUAUGCUCAUCAAAAGCGAUUGAUGAAACGGUGCUACACCACGGAAAGGUACGGUGAUUCAUACAGCCGUGAAUUGACCGUGAAUUUCGCGAGAAGUCGCCAAAACCCGGCGGCCCUCAUUGUGACCCCUAUUACAUGUGUAGUUGUAUCUCGUGAGUCUUGACCAACUGUAUUCUCUGAUGUGCUGUGAAAUGUGGCGUUAUGUUUUGUUGUGAUGAUCAACUAGUUCAAGUGACACACAAAUCAUUGUCGUACGUUUAUCGUGCUAACCGCAUUUGAUCAAAAUGCAGAAGAAAAUGUCGAAAAACUCAACUAAACAUAUCGGUGUGUUGAUACUUGUAUCAAAAAAUA